UCGCAAUCAUUCCCACUGCUGUGAGCGGAGUGGCAUCAGAGACCGCUGUCUAGACUUGUGUUUCUACACCGAGGUCUCUGCAGUCCACCUAGGGUACUCCCACUGUGUUAGUCCCCUCCACACGGCGAGAACCGUGACGUGCUACUUGGAAGGACUGAGCGACCCUCCUCGAGCACCUGACAAUGUCACGGUGUCCACAAUCGCAGCCCGGAGUAUUUCUGUAGAGUGGGAGGUGCCCCAGCGAGGGGAGUGCCCAACAUCCUACUACGUGACCUGUCGCAGCCUGAUAGCCAACAGGUGCAGACGGGAGAAACAACAGCUCCUCUCUACAGUUUUCAAAACUUAGAACCUGAAACUGGAUAUGAGAUCACGGUCUCCUCUGUUCUGAAUGGUUUCUACAGCCUGUCCUCACCCUUGAUCACUGCCUACACCAUGGCGGAGACAGUCAUGGCGGGCGCUCCAGCCACCGACAAGAACAGCUCAGCGGUGUGGAUGACCAGAACUCAGUGUUGCAAGAAAAGCGGAAUAUCCUCAGACUGUCUGCCUCUAUGCAUCAACAAACCCGUUGAAAGCAGGACCAAGUGCUGGAAGGAAGGUCCCAAGAUACUCACCUGCACAACAGAGAAGAAGGACCGCAGAACAUGCUGUUCGCAGGCAGGCCUUAGGUCAGAAUGUAUUUUCUUGUGCUCUGGUUCUGUUGAGAACUUCACAGUCGUCGCACCUGACUGCAUGGAGGAUGCUGCUAUUGACAUUAUCACUUCCUGCUUCCUACCGAACACAGGUCUGUUGCCUGAAGCUCCAACUCAUUUCAGAGUCCUGAAAGAGAUGAAGGGUGGAAUAACGCUGACUUGGGACAUGUCUCAAAAAUGCAAAGAGCCUGAUCCGUGUGUCUUUGAUGUCCACUUCUGGAAAGCCGGGGACAUGACGGACCACAAAGUCAUAGCAAACGUGACAUCACCAUACCUCGUGACUGAAGAGCUGGACAAUCGUGAGUACACGUUCACUGUCACAGCACGCAACUCCCAAGGUAGCAGCGCGACAGCGCCGUGGCAGACCAUCCUCCUCAACCACGUUGAGCCCGAUGUCUCCAUUGCCAUCCUCCCAUCAGACGUAGACAUCUUUGACAGCGGCACGUCCAUUCUACUUGCGUGCGACGCAUUCAACUUCAAAGAUGAAAUUAAUUUCACAUGGACCUACGGUGAGCAAGUGCUGGGAAGGAAACGGUUUCUAUACCUAGGUCAUGUCACUCCAGAACAGGAAGGGUUGUACUCCUGUACAGCGAGCACCAACAACUCGCUUAGCACGGCUCACAGAUACCUGAAUGUCAGAUACGCGCCCCUUCUGAAGGACAGCUUCAUGGACAGUCUUGCUGAUACUCCAGCUGUGCUGCAAUGUUGGUUCAAAGGUCACCCAUUUACCAACGCAUCCUCAAGCACCUGGGAAAAGGAUGGGAAGCCAAUUUCUGAUCCCCGGUAUUUUACCUCUGAGAGAACUGACUUAGACACAGGUGACACUUACUUCCAACUCAUUAUUGAAGACGUGGUGCCCAGUGACUAUGGCUUCUACCAGUGUAUGGCUUACAAUCAGUACGGUUCCUCAUCCGGGCAAGUGAGAUUUACAGAGACUGACCUCGUAUCCAUGACUACACUUGUUUCUACAGAGCCUGACCUGACAUCCAUGACUACUCUUGUUUCUACAGAGACUGACCUCGUAUCCAUGACUACACUUGUUUCUACAGAGCCUGACCUGACAUCCAUCACUACACCUGUUUCUACAGAGACUGACCUGACAUCCAUGACUGCACUUGUUUCUACAGAGCCUGACCUCGUAUCCAUGACUACACUUGUUUCUACAGAGCCUGACCUGACAUCCACCACGCCUGUCACACCCAUUCAGAAUGCAACAGGAAACGCCACAGACUGUUGCAGGAAGGUGGGUGUCCCUGACCUCUGCUUACCUUUGUGCUCCCACACCUUCAACUUGAUAGAAUUUCUUGACAAAAACCAUGCAUCGUGCUCGGACCACUUGCAGAGCAUCGUCAGAUGUGACGCUGGUACAGACGAUUUUGACCACACACAGUGCUGCCGGGAAAGCAGGGUGCCGGAGUUCUGCUGGCCAGUCUGCUCCGGACAUUUCUCGGAGAACUCGUCCCAGUCGAAACAUUUCAACUGCUUGUCCUAUUCUAACGAACUAUUUGACUGCUUUGAAAUGGGAACUAGCAGUUUGCCAUCGCCUCCAACAGAAGUGUCAGCCACGCUGACUCCAAACGCAAUCAAGGUGACAUGGGGACGUCCGGCGAAAAAUAAAGAUAAAGUCAAGUGGUACAGGGUCAACAUCGCCUCGUCUACGAAAGCAAAACCAACACAGCACGUGCUGACAAAAGAGUUCCUGGACUACGCCAUCUCUAACAUCGCACCAGGCAGUUCGUACAAAAUUUGGAUUGUUGCCGGCAAUGAUUUGGGCAAUAGUCAGGCUUCUGAGGCCAUCAACAUCACCGUCCCUGAAGAUUUCCAGCCAGACAGUGCCAAGAUUCAAGGAGAAGGGACACAUGACAAUAUAUUCACAGUCCCUGUACUAGCUGGUGUCGUUGUAGCUGCUGUGGCCGUUGUUGCUGCUGUUGCGGUUACAGUCGCUGUGGUUUGCAGGAGACGAUUUCGCAGAAAACUCGCAAUAGACUCAGUCUCCUUUGAAAAUCCGAGCUACGGGAAUGAGUGCAUCAGGAUUGGAGCUCUGCCCGCAUCUGAACAGACAGAGGAGCCCACAGCCAUGCAAGUACUGGCAGCCACCAAGAGCAGUGGAAGCUUCGAGAAUUCUGGCUUUAAGCAGGAUGGUGCUUCUGCCUCCUCGAAUCCAACUAACACAGCAUAAUCUGCGUCUUCUACAUACAGACAACAGGGCACAGGGCACAGAGCACAGGGCACAGGGCACUCCCACAUCGGGGGUCAGACACCUUUGACAAGUGCGCCAGUCCGUUGGUCACGUGACUCUUUUUGCGCAUCCCACCGGCAUGACCACAAAAACAACUUACAUAAAUGUUUAAUAAUAAUUGUGACUGUCAUUGUGUAAUCAUUGUUGAAAACUUUCCCAAGCAGUGUAACAAUUCCACCACUGUGAGGAAAAGAAGUGACGACUAGGAAAAUAACCAAAUCGAUGACAGAAGACACUGCUGCCUCUUUACAUUGUUGUAGUCUACAAUAAUGAUGUAAUAAGGUUUGUUUAAAUCAGAUAUAGUUAUGUCAAUGUUCACGUGUUGAAUAAAGUAAUCACAAGUGUAAUGUGUAAGCGUGAAUGUAUCUCUGCACAAAUAAAACAUCCUGGUUUCAAGAGAUAUACAGUAGCUGAAACAUGCAAAUCAGUAUUAACAGAUAUUCUUGAUAACCGUUUUCUUACUGUUCCUAACACAAAAACUAACACGUGACUGUGUGCGUGUGUGUGAGAGCGUGUGUGCUUUAGUAUGUGUGUGCGCGCGCUUACGCGUGCGGUAUUAAAAGAAUUGUGAGUUUAUCAGUUUUAACAUCUUUUAAUGUUCGGCUGUAGCUGAAAUAAUCAUGCUAAUAAAAAACGGUAAUAAAUAU